AUGUCUGCUUUUCCCAAAUUCCCACCAAACGGAAAUAAGAAGUUCAAAGUUGAUGGCAAUCAUGUAUUUUUCUCAGAUCAGAAAGUUCACCCAAAUGACUGGACACCAUGGAACUUUGCCAAUUACCAAUUUGGAAAUAACUUCAGCGAAUAUCUUCAAGGCUUGCAAAAGUUGCGUCGCGCGGGAUGUAAUGAAAACAUGCGGAACCACAGUAUGGAUGGGCUGGAUAGCCUUUCGUUGGGAGGCCUAGAAGAGCUGGAGGUUCCCAUCUUUAAAAUCUCCAGAAAGCUCCUUAGGCAAACGCAUCUAUCAAUGAUGGAGACAAAGGACUUAAUGGUCGCCAUGUCAGGAAUUCUGGAUUUAAGAACAUGGGACUGCGACAGGGCUCCAUCUGCAAUUGAGCCAACAUUGUACUCCAAUAAUGACGAUAUUGGACAGCUAAAUACCCAGUUAUCCAAAACCCUUCGACUUGGGGUACAAAUGUUUGCUCUAAAUUGUGAUGUAAAGAUUGGAGAAAUCGCCGAAGUGAAGAUGCAAGGUGGGGAUGUCCCGACAAGCACCCCCAUGCUUCGACUUGUCUCGCAUUUUGGAGAGAAAGUUUGUAAGGCUACCCAAGCAGCAAAACGCCAAUUCAAAGAAAUAUUUGGCGUGGAAGGGGAGACAGACAGUGGUCGGCGAGUUGACUUGUUGCUACGAAUUGGUGAUAUGGAGAUCCUCAAUACUGAGGCUAAAGCUCUGGGUUGUGAUAUUCAAUGUGAGCAACAAUACAAAAAAAACAUUCGCAUUAAUCACGCAAUUUAUCAAGAAGCGAGACGGAGCAACAUUGACCUUCCACCUAUACUGCUACUUGAUAUCCGAGUCAUAUUUAGUGGUAUAUCAAAACCAAAUACUGACACAGUUAGAGAAAGCGAAGGAUUUGUCGACAACAACCAAUACAAAACGGAAAAUGAUGAGCUUCGAUGAUGACGUUAAUAUUAACAAUAAGCAUGAUACAGAGCGCCCUUGUACACCGCCCAAGAAUCGAUUACUCAAAAUCGGCGAUACAACUGUCUUCACUCCAAAGAAAUCAGUAAAACAAAUAAAGCUUGGUCAGCAGCAGUAACAAGAACAACAACAAAAACGCAGGUAUAAUAUUAGCGGGUUAAAUUUGAUGCUUU